AAUUAAAAAACACAACUGUCCCCAGAGAAGAAGUGUUUAUAGAAACGUGAGCGGUCCUCCACCACAGAAGAAGAAGUGGAAGGUGGAUGUAGUCGUGAUCAGCAGCAGCAGGUGGGCGAGCACAUCAUGAGUCGCUGGCGUCGAUCGGUGGAUGAGUUAGCGGCACGGCGGCGGCAGCAGGGUGAGUGUGAGCGUGCUCAGGAAGCUCUCAGUCGGGUCACUUCCUGUUUCCAGCAGCUGGCAGCGUCACUCGGCAGCUCAGCAGAUGGCAGCUUCCUGCGAGACGAGAUGGACGAGACGAGAGCGCUCGCACAGCGAAUCUGCAGCGGUCUGUCCCAGCGUCUGGUACAUCUGCUGUCAGACUGUGACUCUGCCCCCUCAGGUGUGGAGGACAGACAGGUAUCAGAGCGUCUGUGGGUUGUCUUCCUGUCUGCAUUAGAAAACUUCCUGUCUGACCUCCGUAAGGCCUCUGAUUUGAUUGGACGGUUCCCUCUGACUCAGCGCUACGACAGACGCUCACUGGUCAACACAGGAUGUAUUGAUGGCAUGGUGGGCGUGGCAGCUCGAGUGGCUUCAGUCCAGGCGCCGUGGAUCACUUUAGAGGAGGAACCAAGCCCUGAUCUGACCAAUCACAUCACAGGACUGGAGGCAAUGCUGAGUGAGAUGCAACUGAGGGUUCCUGUUGCAUUUUGGUCAGUGGAAGCAACCCAGCCGGCGUGGGCUGAAGCUCGUGGUGAACUGGAGGAGUCAGAUGACAGCCUGGAGGACCUGAUGGAGGUCGAGGUUGUCUCCAACAACAAGAUGGCCACCUGCUGCCAGCCGCCGUGCUGUGGACUGGGCUGUGUCGGGUAGAGGAGUGCUGUCAACAUCACUGUGAUCUUACCUGUGUGACACACCUGACAAUACUGUAGGCAUCGGAUUUAAUAAAUGUUACAAACUUUA